GUCUCUUCCCCCCGGAUAUAUAUUUCGUCCCUUUCAUUUCUCCCUAAAGUCAGGAGGUACUGUGAGCUGUCCCGGCGACUCACUAAGGUUACCAUCUUGAGUUUCAAAAAUGGCAGAUGGAUUGCAGCAUCCAUCACUAUUGGGGAAGAUACAUGGGCAAUCUUACUUCAUUUCUAGACUUUCCCCUAACCUGCAAACGUGCAAUUAUAGCUUGGGUAGUGCGUAUUUAAAUGGUGGUUUGCAGAAUUCUUUGCAGCCAACUCAACAUGGUAUUGGCCUUCCGCUCGUGUCUCCUGUUUCUCCCAUAUUUGUACAAGCACCAUCAGAGAAAGGUGUCUCUGGAUUUUUGGUGGAUUUCCUCAUGGGAGGAGUUUCUGCGGCUGUUUCCAAGACAGCAGCUGCUCCAAUUGAGCGGGUUAAACUCUUGAUUCAAAAUCAAGAUGAAAUGAUCAAGGCUGGUCGUCUAUCUGAGCCAUACAAAGGUAUCACGGACUGCUUUGCAAGAACAAUUAAGGAUGAAGGUGUCCUUUCUCUUUGGAGAGGAAACACUGCUAAUGUCAUUAGAUAUUUCCCUACACAGGCAUUGAACUUUGCAUUCAAGGAUUACUUCAAGAGAUUGUUCAAUUUCAAGAAAGACAGAGAUGGCUACUGGAAAUGGUUUGCUGGGAACUUGGCAUCUGGUGGUGCUGCUGGUGCUUCAUCCCUUCUAUUUGUUUACUCCCUGGAUUAUGCUCGAACACGUUUAGCUAAUGAUGCUAAGGCAGCCAAAAAGGGUGGUGAGAGGCAGUUCAAUGGGUUGGUUGAUGUUUACAGGAAGACCAUAAAAUCUGAUGGCCUGGUAGGGUUGUAUCGUGGUUUCAACAUUUCAUGUGUUGGAAUUAUUGUAUACCGUGGGCUUUACUUUGGAAUGUAUGAUUCCCUGAAGCCUGUGGUUCUUGUAGGGAAUUUGCAGGAUAGCUUCCUGGCUAGUUUCUUGUUGGGAUGGGGUAUCACAAUAGGUGCUGGAUUGGCUUCUUACCCAAUUGAUACAGUGCGUAGAAGGAUGAUGAUGACCUCUGGCGAAGCAGUCAAAUACAAGAGUUCAGUGGAUGCUUUUCAACAGAUCAUUAAGAAAGAAGGUACUAAAUCACUCUUCAAGGGUGCUGGGGCUAACAUCCUCCGUGCUGUUGCUGGUGCUGGUGUGCUUGCUGGUUAUGACAAGCUGCAGGUCAUUGUUUUGGGCAAGAAAUAUGGAUCUGGUGGUGGUUAAUUGGCACAGUGGGAUGUGGGAUGAUGAUGAAGAAUAUUCUAGUUAUCUUGAGUUUGAAUAAUUUUGUAUGGACAUUAGUGGGCUUGGUGUUUACUUGCAUAUGUGGAUUUGGUGUAAGAAAUUAUAGUGAAAACAGGACCAUUUGGAAUUUGAGUGUUUCCAGUGCCUUGUCCUGUAGAAGUAGUGGCUUUCAGUUGUCCUUCUUGUUGAGAAUAAUUGAACAGCUUUUCACCAGCAACCUAAUAGAUAUGGCAAUGUUGUGUUUUAAGUAUUGCAA